UGAUUCGAAAAAUUUUGACACAAACUAAUGUAGUGGUCAUGAUAGACGAUCCAAUAAUAACGCCAGGUAUGGAAGAGUUUCUCCUGCAAACAGGUAGUGGGCUCUUUGCAGGGUCGAUAGCAGGUGGAUUAGCAGCACCUCAAGGAAGUUUGCUUUUGACCUCUAACAACGAUGUUUUCAAUAGAGCCGAUGGGAGGAUCAUUGUGCUAAAAUACCGAAAAACGCCAUUUUCGGUAGAAGACAGGCAAAAGCUUAAAGCCGGCAUUGGAUCAAUAGCUGAAAUUCACACGGGGUUUCUACUAGCAUGGGUGAUCAGAAUGUUUCCUUUUUGGCAACAGCAAUUCCCGACAAUUUCCACCCUGGUGGAAAAAAUUUUGUCACGAUUAGUUCCGCCCAAAAUUCAAGACAGAUGGCAACAAGGGGCUUCAGCUAUUAUAGCAACAUAUGCGAUAUUUGAAACAUCUGUAGGCAUAAAACCACGAUGCAAGGAUGCAAUUAUGAAACUGAUUCAAGAUAUGGCUGUGGAAAAGGGCAAUGAUGGCCCAGAUUUAUUGGAAAAAUUAAAUACAUGCCUGAUGGAAAGACUGACGAGGGAUGACGAAAAUGUACGUAAUUGA